UGUAUUAGAUGACAGUUGUCAUUGUAUUUCGUGUUUGGCGCCAUUCUAUCUUAAACUUAACAAUUUUAUCAGCAUCUUUUGUUAUAAUUAUUGAAAGAAAAGAUUAAAAUUGUUUGUUUCUAAUAUAAGUUUGUUUCCUAAAUUCAUAUAUAAACCAUGACCACAGUGCGGCGAUCAACUAGACUAAGCAGUGUUGGCAGAUUAACACCUACAACUUCAAGUACAAACAUUCAAACACCGUCGCGACGAUCAGAAGUUUGGCGUAGACGCCAAACAAAGCAUUGUACGACAAGUGACGAGGAAGAAGAAAUUACUUUGAGCAAAUCACCAACGUUGGCAGAAAUAGAUAAAGAGAAUACUAAAAAUUGUAAUAUUAUGAGUAAAACUAAAGUUAAAACACAGUCGAAAGUAAAAGAAUUGAAUGAUGAUCAGGAACCUAAAACACCACGUCGUGUAAAGGCAAUACGUACUGCAACUUCUACCAAAAGAACUCCACAAACUAGAAAACGUACUAAUCAUGAGCAAAAUGGUCUAAGUGACGAUGAACACGAUGUCUUACACACUGGACAAGAUGUGUCUCCUCCAAAGUUGUCACGUUGGAAACAAAAAGCUGAACUCAUCAGCCCUUCCAGACUGAUUGAUAGAUUAAGUAUUGACGAACGUAAGAAAAUCGACACAGAUGAAGACGAACAACACACCCCUACAAAAAAAGGAAAAGAAGAAACACAAGCAAAACCUACACGUAACAAAUUCCAAAGUGCGCGGCGUGUGCUCAAUAGCGCAGAAACACAAAAUUUACCGGGACGCGAGCAACAGCUGCAAGAGUUAAGAGAAUUUUUUCAAGUACAUUUAGAGGAACAACGUUCGGGUAGUUUGUAUGUGUCCGGUCAACCAGGUACUGGAAAAACUGCUUGCCUUUCAAUGCUUUUGAGGUCGCCUGAGUUGUCAAACCAAUUACAAUGUGUUUACAUAAAUUGUACGUCAAUUGCCAGUAUAAAUGGUGUGUAUAAGAAGCUAUGUACUGAACUCAAAUUACAUCCUACUGGACGUGCUGAACGUGAUUAUCUAGCGGCCGUGCAGCAACACUUACGCACAGCACGACGCAUGCUACUUAUUGUUUUAGAUGAAAUCGAUCAACUUUGCAGUUCAAAGCAAUCAGUACUAUAUACGAUUUUCGAAUGGCCUUCAUUGCCCGGUGCACGCUUACUUUUAGUGGGCAUCGCUAACAGUCUUGAUCUCACAGAGCGCACUUUGAUGCGUCUAAAUGCACGCUGUGAACUAAAGCCACAGCAUAUGCAUUUUCCACCAUAUACCAAACAACAAAUUGUCGAAAUAUUCCGUUCACGACUCGAAGAAGCUGGCGUGCUGGAGGUGUUCCCACCAGUUACGUUGCAGCUUUUGGCAGCGAAAGUCAGCGCUGUGAGUGGUGAUGUACGACGUGCAUUGGAUAUUGGCAGAAGAGUGGCCGAAAUAGCAGAACAACAAAUGAAAUUAGGACAAAAACAAAUUAAUAUUGAUGCUUUGGCUUUGGGAGAUAAUAAUGCUGAGAAGACUGAAGAAGUUGUUUUAAAACCUGUGCAAGUGACACAAGUCGCUGAGGUACUGAAUAAAGUAUAUGGUGCUUCACAGAAUUUACAAGAAGACAUAGAAGACUCAUUUCCACUGCAACAAAAGAUUGUGUUAUGCAGUUUAAUGUUGAUGUUGCGAAAGGAACGUAAUAAAGACAUAACUAUUGGCCGUUUACACGAAGUAUACCGACGUGUCUGUGUUAAACGCAAUAUACAUGCAUUGGAUCAAGCCGAAUUCGCAGGGUUAGUUGACUUAAUUGAGACACGUGGCAUACUGCGCAUCAUGCGGAAGAAGGAACCACGCCUAUGUAAAAUAGUGCUACAAUGGGAUGAAGACGAGGUAAAUGGCGCUUUGCGGGACAAACAAUUGAUUGCUUCAAUAUUGGACGACACCGCAUGCCUAGGAAAAUAACAACACGUCCUUAUUUUAAAGGUGGUGUAUGAAACAAAUCAAAAUAGACACAUACAUAUAUUUAUUGAAAACAACUAUAAAUCAAAUUAAUUUUAAUAUGAAACUUGUUACGCAUAGAUUGACUAGCUAUAAUAAAUUUUUUUCAUAUUGACAAGUC